AUGGCACAGAAGACUACUGAAUUCGGCGACUUUGUCGACCAAGUCCUCGUCAACGUCUUCUUCCAGCCCGACGAUGCGCUAUCCCUGAAAACUGUCAAAGAGUCCUUUUCUCCUGACUUUACGGCCAACAUCAAUGGCGCAUCCAUACCAGGCGAUACUUACAAGCAGGCCAUUGCCGACUCCCGCGCCAAGUCUACCUUUAGAGUUGUCAAGACGGAAGAGAUUCUCGCUAGCCACGGUGCGGACAGGGCGAAAGGAGGGUCGGUUGCUCAUUAUACGGAGUUUUUGGUCAUUGAUAAGGAGACGGGUGAGGAGAAGAAGGAGGCUACUGUGACGAUUGUAACGUGUGUUGAGAGGGAUGGAAAGGUGGUUCUGGAGUCGUUGACUGAAGUGUAUCGCAAGUGA